AUGUCCCCCAUGUCCAUUUCCAUGCAUCGUGUAAACCCAGCGCAUCUUUAUGACGUCAUCAUCAGCAGACGGAGUUUCGUGCGUCACGUGUGCUGUUUUCAGACGCCGUCGUGGACACGGAGCCUGCUGGUGCAGCUAAUGAACAUGUCUUUUUUGAAGCCUCUGAUACAACCCAUCGUCCAACUGUUCACGGAGUUUGAACAAAGAAUCGCAGAGCACGAGGAUGAAAUAUCACGUCUAAUGAAGGAAAACUGCCGUCAGAAGAAGCUGCUGGACGCCAUCUACAAACCUGAAGUACGAGUGCACAGAUUAGACCUCCAGCAGCUGUUAGUUCCUCAAGAGGAGGUUUCCUCUUCGAAGCAGGAGUGGAGUCCCAGUCUAGUCCAAGAGGAGCCGGAGCCCCCACACAUUAAAGAGGAAGAGGAGGAACCCAGGAACAGUCAGGGGCGAGAGCAGCUUCGAGGAGUGGAGGAGGAGGCUGAUAUCACCAGGUUUCCAUUCACUCCUGUCCCUGUGAGGAAUGAAAAUGAUGAAGAGGAGGUUCAGUCCUCACAGAGUCAUCAAAUCCAAACUGAGGAGGAAGCCAGCAGCGCAACUGAACAGAUGAAAACAGAAUCUGAUGGAGAGGCCUGUGGACUGUCAGAACCAGCCAAGAACUUAGAUCCAGCUUCUGAUUUACAACCAACUAGUGAUGGGCAGUUCCUCUCCUCACGCUGCUGUGAGACUGACACUGAAAACAGUGAGGACUGGCAUGAUGGUACAGAAGCUCAGUCAGGUUUGGACACAACAGAGAACAAUGAAAUGCUGUUAAAUCAGGGAUCUCCUGAGGAGAAAGCCUUUAGUUGCACAGUUUGUGGUAAAAUGUUUGGUCAGAAGCAUCAUAUGCAAACUCACACGAGGAGUCAUACGGGAGAGAAACCAUUUAGCUGCUCCGUUUGUGGUAGAGGCUUUCCUGUAAGAAGGAAUGUGCAUAGCCACAUGAGGAUCCAUACAGGCGAAGAACCCUUCAUGUGCUUAGUCUGCGGCAAGGCAUUUCCUCAUAGAGGAGAUAUGAAGAAACACAUGAGAAUACAUAGCGGAGAAGAGCCUGUGUUGUGCUCCAUCUGUGGUAAGGGGUUUUCUUACAAAACGGAUGUGAGGACACACAUGAGAAUACAUACAGAAGAGAAACCCUUCGCUUGCUCUGUCUGUGGUAAAGUGUUCACUACAAAAGGGAAUAUGCAUAAACACAUGAGAAUGCAUACGGGAGACAACCCCUUUAGCUGCUCUGUUUGUGGCAAAGGGUUUUCAUACAGAGGCGAUAUGAAGACACACAUGCGAACCCACACUGGAGAGAAGCCCUUCACUUGUUCUGUGUGUGGCAAAAGGUUUUCCAAAAUAGGAAACAUGCAUAGCCACAUGAAAACCCAUACAGGAGAGAGACCGUUUUCAUGCCCAGUCUGUGGCAAAGGGUUUGCUCAAAGAGGAAACAUGCAAAGCCACAUGAGAACACAUACAGAAGCAAAACCUUUCAGUUGUCCCGUUUGUGAUGAGGGCUUUUCUUACAAAGGGGAUAUGCAGACCCACAUGAGAACGCACACAGGGGAAGAACCUUUCAGCUGCUCUGUCUGUGAUAAAGCGUUUUCUAAAAGACGGUAUAUGCUAACACACAUGAGAACACACACAAGAGACAAACCUUUUAGUUGUUCGGUCUGUGGUAAGGGGUUUUCUCUCAGAGGAUAUAUGCAGAAACACAUGAGGCUCCACACGGGACACAAACUCAUCAGCUGCCCCGUCUGCGGUAAAUGCUUCAGCAACCACACCAGUCGGAGGAGACACAUGAGAGCCCACACAGGCCAAGACGAGCCGUGA